AUGGAGAACGCUUUGAAAAUAAUUGAUGAUGCCGAAAAAUUGGAUCGCUUUGAUGGAACAAACUUCACUCUUUGGAAGGAAAAGAUGAAGUUUUUCCUGAUUGCAUUGAACAUCUUCUAUAUACUGGAUGAUGAUUUGAAGCAACUGCCAGAAACAAGCGAUAAGGAUACUGAACAAAUCGUGGUUGAUUGUAAGAAGAGAAAGGAUGAUAAACUUUUGUGUUGUGGCUACAUUCUCAACAAUCAGUCUGAUUGUUUGUAUGAUUUAUAUACUCGAGUCCAAUAUGCAAAGGAAAUAUGGAAGGCACUGGAGGCAAAAUAUGCAACAGAAAAACAAGGAGUAAAUAAUAAGUUUUUAACCAUGAAAUUCUUUGAAUUCACUAUGCUUGAUAAUGUGUCUGUUCUUGAUCAAGUUCACAAAUUUAUGGUUUUGGCCUCUAAAUUUAAAGAUCUUGCUAUAAAUAUUCUUGAAAAAUUACUUAUGGGGGCUAUUAUCGCUAAAUUGCCUUCGAAUUGGAAUGAUUAUAGGAAGAGAUUGUUACAUACAUAUGAGGAUUUUAAUUUGGAACAAAUAUAUAGGCAUUUACGGAUUGAAGAGGAAACUCGGAUCCGUAAUAAGAGCUAUAAUGAGGCAUCUAGCUCCAAAAUAAAUCAUGUUUCUGAUUCUCAGAAGGGAAAGAGAGGCCAAAAGAGAAAGGGUAAUCAUACCCAUAAUAAUCCCAACAAUAACAAGAAUGGUAAGAAGAAUUGGCCUGAUCUUGUUUGUUAUAAUUGUGGUGAUAAAGGACACAUAAAAUGA